UAAAUAUGAGGUUCAUGAACUCAGCUCUGAUUUAUUCUGCAAAAAUGAGCGGUCGGGUCGGAGAUCUCAGUCCUAAACAAGCAGAGGCUUUAACACAGUUUCGGGAGAAAUUAGAAGAUGUUUGGGAUCAACUGUCCAAUCAAACUGAUCAUUACCUGCUCCGGUGGCUCAGAGCUAGAACGUUCAAUGUCCCGAAGGCUGAAGCAAUGCUUAGGAAGCAUCUGGAGUUUCGCAGGCACAUGAAAUUAGAAACAAUCAUUGACGACUGGAGUCCACCAGAGGUCCUGGAGCGCUAUGUGGCCGGAGGAAUGUGUGGUUAUGAUCGUGAAGGAAGCCCCAUCUGGUUUGAUAUUAUCGGCCCUCUGGAUCCUAAAGGCCUUUUACUGUCGGCGAGUAAACAAGACUGUCUGAGGACCAAAAUCAGAGACGCUGAGCUGCUGCGGCGCGAGUGUGAGAAACAGUCCAAAAAGCUGGGCAAACACAUUGAAUCGAUCACCAUCAUUUAUGACUGUGAGGGCCUCGGCAUGAAGCAUCUCUGGAAACCUGCAGUGGAGAUGUACGGAGAGAUUCUGACCAUGUAUGAAGAGAAUUAUCCAGAAAGCCUAAAAAAGGUGCUUUUAAUAAAAGCUCCUAAACUCUUCCCUAUUGCAUACAAUUUGGUGAAGCACUUCUUGCGUGAAGAAACGAGGCAGAAAAUCGCUGUUCUGGGCUCAAACUGGAAAGAUGUGUUGAAGAAUUACGUGGACGCCGAUCAGAUCCCUGCGGCCUACGGAGGAUCUCUGACUGAUCCUGAUGGAAACCCGCUCUGUACGACCAUGUUACGCUAUGGUGGUGUAGUGCCCAAAUCAUACUAUGUUCGAGACUCGAUCAAAGUCCAGUAUGAGCAGAACAUCACCAUCAGCCGCGGAUCCGCACACCAGAUAGAGUACGAGCUGCUCUUCCCGAACUGCCUGCUGCGAUGGCAGUUUGCGAGCGAGGGCUCUGAUAUCGGUUUUGGACUUUUCCUGAAGACAAAAGGCAGCGAGACGAAGAAAGUGGAGGACAUGCAAGAAAUCCUGCGAAAUGAGCGCUAUAAUGCACAUCUGGUUCCUGAGGAAGGAUCCUACACCUGCGAGGAGCCCGGCAUCUAUGUGGUCCGCUUUGACAACAGCUACAGUGUGCUUCAUUCAAAGAAGGUCAGCUUUACUGUGGAUGUGCUCCUACCUGAAGGAAAACAGCCUUGACGUUCAUUAUAUCAGACUAUUUGUGUCUUAACAACAGAAUCAACAGAUAAAGCUCUUAGGAAGUCUCUGUGAAGUUCACUUAGGUUAUAAAAACAACAAACAUUUCUGAACGUUCCAACAGAUAGUUUUUUUAAAUGUUGUAAUUCUGAAAAAUACAUCAGAUUUGGAGAUGUAAACGAUUUUUUAAUUUUAGAAUUCUUUUUUUCCCCUCAAACUGUGAAAAAAGACAUCAGAAUUUGAAGAUGUUAAAUAGCCAGAAUUAUUAUCUUUCCUCAAAAUCAUCAUUUCUGAACAUUAAAAUUGUACAUUUUUAAAUUGUGAUUCUGGGAAAAACAUCAAAAUUUCAGUUAUGUAAAUAGUAAAAAUGACUUUCAAUUUUGCUGGUCACUGGUUCGAGUCCCCGCUGGGUCAGUUGGUGUUUCUGUGUGGAGUUUGCAUGUUCUCCACGUGUUGGCGUGGGUUUCCUCCGGGUGCUCUGGUUUCCUCCACAGUCCAAACACAUGCGCUAUAGGGGACUUGAAUAAGCUAAACUGGCCGUAGUGUAUGAGUGUGUGUGUGUGAAUGCAAGAGUGUAUGGGUGUUUCCCAGUGUUGGGUUGCAGCUGGAAGGGCAUCCGCUGUGUAGAACAUGUGCUGGAUAAGUUGGCGGUUCAUUCCGCUGUGGCAACCCCAGAUUAAUAAAGGGACUAAGCUGAAAAGAAACUGAAUGAAUGAAUGAACCUUAGAAUUUAGGGAUUUAAAAAAACUGCAUAAUUUGCAAAUGUAAAAUAUCCAGAACUAUUAUCAUUUUUAUCACAUUUAUCUCAUUUGGACUUUUCCUGAAGACAAAAGGCUGCCUCAAAUUAUGAAAGAAAAAAAAUCUGGCUUUUUCCCCCAGAUUGCAGGAAAUAUGUAUAGCAUUUUUGAUUGUGAUUCUGAUUUAACAAAAAACAUAUUAGAAUAUUUUUUUAAUCCCAGAAUAAUCCCCAAAAAAUCUGACUUUGCUUUUUUUCUCAGUUAAGAGAAAAAUCUGAAUCCUGAGAAUAAAUAGCCAAGAUAUUACACACAUCAUAUUAGGUAAGAUAAUGGGUAAAUACUUUAAUAAUAAGAUUGCUGAUAUAAUAGGGAGUCAUUGUAAUGUGUCAGACAUUGUAAUGGUUAGUUAGGGAUCUCUUGUAUAAUCUUAAAUAAAUGUGUAAAUGUGCAUGGAAUUGAGAAUAAAGCAGCUGUAAAGGGA